GUUAACAGCUUUUUUUACGCGAAUGUCUUUUUAAAUGUAACUAACUACUGUGAUAUAUUUUUACGCUGCUUAUCGAAAUUACCUACUUUUAUAAAACAAUAUCAUUUGUGUAUGCCCAUAGGCCAACCAAUCAUUGUUUUCCGACCCGAUGUUGCAUUGUCACAUGAAAACGAUGAAACUUACAAGGGUAGUUUGCAGAACUUUGAUGAACUGAAAAUUUGGGUGCAAGAAAAAUGUGUACCCUUAGUGCGUGAGAUUACAUUUGAAAACGCCGAGGAAUUGACGGAAGAAGGUUUACCAUUUUUGAUACUUUUCCAUAAACCAGACGAUACCGAUGCGAUCAAGGACUUUAAGGCUAUCAUUGAAACUCAGUUGUUGGAUGAGAAACAGAAUAUCAACUUCCUAACUGCGGACGGUCAACGCUUUGCACAUCCGUUACAUCAUUUGGGUAAAUCAGAAGACGACUUGCCAUUGAUUGCUAUCGAUUCAUUCCGUCACAUGUAUAUGUUCCCCAAAUUCGAAGAUAUGUAUCAGCCUGGCAAGCUGAAACAAUUUUUACAAGAUUUGUACAGUGGAAAAUUGCACAGAGAGUUCCACUAUGGUCCCGAUACAUCCGGUAAUGAGGUGCAAACCGAAUUAGUAUCAGGCAAAGGCACUUCACCGCCGGAAUCGAGCUUUAAGAAAUUGGGACCUUCGAAGAAUCGUUACACGCUACUACAUAAGGAUGAGCUGUAAGGUCGAUUAUUAGACUUUAGGUUAAAUACAUAUACAAGUAUACACCCAGAUACAUCUACACAUACAUAUGUGCUGGUUGCACUUAAACUUGCACAGACAGACACCUGCUAAAUAGCACCAAUCAAAACAAACAAUCAAUCAAUCUCAUAUGCUAAAAUACAACAAAAUUUA